AUGACCCCUGGUUUUCGGUCCUCCAAGACCGAUGUUUCGUUGUUUUACUACACUGCAGAACAAUCCCGUGUGUUCUUGCUGGUCUAUGUCGACGACAUUAUUAUGAUGGGCAACAACGACGACCUUGUCACCACUCUACUUAAGCAAUUAUCCACAGCUUUCAAAAUUCGUGACUUAGGUUCACCGGGCUUCUUCUUAGGUAUUGAGACGGUUCGGACAGGUGAUGGUCUGCUGUUAUCACAACGUCGCUACAUGACGGAUCUCCUGGGUCGCUCAGGCAUGGUAGACUGCAAGCCUCUCACCACUCCGACCUCUGUUACUAAAGUGGUCACGCCGUCCGACACCCCUUACGAGAACCCGACACAGUACAGGCGCAUUGUCGGGGCCUCACAGUAUUUAACCAUCACGAGGCCAGAUCUUGCUUAUGCUGUCAACCGACUAUGCCAAUUCAUGCACUCACCAACAGUCGACCAUUGGAAUCUAGUCAAACGUGUUCUCCGUUACGUUAAAGGAACUCUGGAUUAUGGGUUACAACUAACACCGUCAUCGUCGACCACCAUUCACGCCUACUCAGAUUCGGACUGGGCAGGUUGUCCGAUAGACAGGAAGAGUACUACUGGGUUUGCUGUUUAUCUUGGUUCUAAUCUCAUAUCGUGGCUAUCCAAGAAGCAACGUACGGUAGCCCGGUCAUCGACUGAAGCCGAGUACAAAGCUCUCGCUGAUGUGUCUGCUGAAGUCACGUGGGUUGUCUCUUUACUGCAGGAACUCGGUCUUCAUUCUGGUGGUCCAGCAACGCUAUGGUGCGAUAAUCUUGGGGCGACUUACCUGUGCGCCAAUCCAGUUUUUCACGCACGCACCAAACAUGUGGAAAUUUACUACCAUUUUGUUCGUGAUAAAGUUGCAUCAGGGGAUUUUGUUGUCAAUUAUGUGUCCACUACAGAUCAACUAGCCGAUAUACUGACUAAGCCACUACCUUCUACACGGUUUGCAGCUCUACGGGACAAGCUCAAUGUUGCUAUGCUGCCACCUUGUGCUUGA